AUGUGCAUACUUCAAGAAUACCAGAAAAAAUGGUAUCAGCUAAAACUCAUAACAGAAAUUGACAAAUCAACUUAUAUCCUUAUGGAUCGAACAUUCAUAGAUACUAUCAUCUUUGAAAAUAUCUAUAUUGAAAAUCCCGAAGAAAGAAAAAUUCUGGAAAAUAUUCGACAACAACUAAAAGAAGCAUUACUCUCAAGCAAACCACUAGUAAUUUAUUGUAAACCAAAACUUGAAAAAUUACUAGAACGGCAUCUUAAAAGAAAGAAAGAGCAAAACCUAACCAAGGACAAUGUCAAUACAAAAUACCUUGAAGAGAUAUAUUUCUCCUACGAAAGAAAUAUUUUGGAAGCAUAUCCGACCCACAUUGAAAUCAAUAAUAAUUACGAAAACCUGAACGAUAUGGUUAGAACCAUAAUUUCGGAGAAACCAACUAUCAGAAAUUACAAACAAUUGGAGGAAGUUGACCAAUUACCAAAAGAAAUAAAUGUAAAAGAACAUAGACGAUAUACUGUAAUAAUACCAUAUAUUAUUGAAAAAAUAGGAAAAGGCGAUAUAAUGGGACCAAAAAUCCUUGCUGCACAAAGGACAGACCAAUGCAAAAUAUACCCGAACCAAUGGUCAUAUUUUGGAGGAAAAGUAGAACCCAAUGAAACAUAUUUUGAAGGGAUUAUACGGGAAGCACAGGAAGAACUAAAUUUAAAAAUAGAUCAUUUACGGAUGCAACUUAUCAUGAUACACAACUAUCAUUCGCAUAAUCAAAGUGGAACAAAACCAUUAUACUAUCAUGAGGUCGAAACUGUACUUGAAACAAAUAGAGUAACCAUACCAAUUUGGUUAUAUCAUUUAACUGAUAGGGAAAAGAAUUCUAUCAGGAACAAAGAACCAAGUAUCCAAACAAAUUUUAGAUAUUUAUCACAAAAAGAAGUGCAACACUUAUGCUUCACGCUGACAAUCCAUAUGAAUAAACAAAAACUAUUCGAAUUACUAAUACCAUACUACGAAAAUGAGUACAUUACUAAAAAAGGAAAGAUAACUUAUGAUCCACACAGAUUAGAUCAAAAAAGGGAAUACGCCAAAGAAAAACCCUUAUGUCAAAUACAAAAUAGAAGUGUGACAAAAACGCCAAAACCUCUAAAACAAUAG